AUGCUAUGGAAAGACAGGAUAUUUAGCCUCCUCAGGGCAACCCAUAAAAAAUGUACAACAUGUAUCAGAGCUGUUAGAAGCUAUUCUAAAACCCAAACGUUUGGCAAUUAUAAAAAUCCCAGUCGAAGAUUUUACCAGGACCUCAAAGACAGAGAUGUCACAUUCUCACCAGCCACUAUUGAAAACGAACUUAUAAAGUUCUGCCGGGAAGCAAGAGGCAAAGAGAAUCGGUUGUGCUACUAUAUCGGGGCCACAGAUGAUGCAGCCACCAAAAUCAUCAAUGAGGUAUCAAAGCCUCUGGCCCACCACAUCCCUGUGGAGAAGAUCUGUGAGAAGCUUAAGAAGAAGGACAGCCAGAUCUGUGAGCUUAAGUAUGACAAGCAGAUCGACCUGAGCACAGUGGACCUGAAGAAGCUCCGAGUUAAAGAGCUGAAAAAGAUUCUGGAUGACUGGGGGGAGACAUGCAAAGGCUGUGCAGAAAAGUCUGACUACAUCCGGAAGAUAAAUGAACUGAUGCCUAAAUAUGCCCCCAAGGCAGCCAGUGCACGGACUGAUUUGUAGUCUGCUCAAUCUUUGUUGCACCUGAGGGGGAGAAAACAGUUCAACUGCUUGCUCCCAAAACAGCCUUUUUGUAAUUUAUUUUUUAAGUGGGCUCCUGACAAUACUGUAUCAGAUGUGAAGCCUGGAGCUUUCCUGAUGAUGCUGGCCCUACAGUACCCCCAUGAGGGGAUUCCCUUCCUUCUGUUGCUGGUGUACUCUAGGACUUCAAAGUGUGUCUAGGAUUUUUUUAUUAAAGAAAAAAAAUUUC